CGUCGUUAGUCUAUAGAAGUGCACUGAGGUCAAAAUGAAGGCAACGUUUGUUAUGGUAGCCCUUCUGGGACUUGCCGCCAGCACGCAGGGCGGAGCAACCUAUUUCGAGCAACCGGAAACGGAGUGGGACGACUUCAAAUACCAGUUUGAUAAGAUCUAUGGCGACGAGGCGGAGGAGCAGCUGCGCAUGCUGAUCUUUCAGGAUAAUAAGAAAAUCAUUGACGCACACAACGAGCGCUGGGCCGCAGGAGAGGAGAGCUACGAGAUGGGUGUGAAUCAGUUCAGCGAUAUGUUGCCCGCGGAGAUCAGCAAGGUUAUUGGAAGAAACGAUGACGUGCACCCUAUUGCAGACCUGGAGCCUGAGCCCCAUGACUAUUUGAACGAGGUUGGGGACCUUGAUCGCCAAAUACCCGUAAAAGUCAACUGGACCCAAAUAGGGGCAGUCACUCCUGUUGUGAAUCAGGGUCAUUUCAACAACUCGUGGGCCUUCGCUGCGACUGGUGCUGUGGAGAGUCGUCAGUUUAUUAAAUCUGGAAGAUUGGUUGCCCUUUCCAAGCAGAAUCUGGUUGACUGCUGCCGGGUGCACAACGAACGGACGGCGGCAGCUCUGAUUUGCAUCAAGAAGAUGCGAGGCAUUGACACUGAGGCUUCUUAUCCGUACCGCGGAAUCACAGGAAAAUGUCACUUCCAACGGAAGCUUGUUGGUGCCAAAGUCAAAACGGUCUUCCAAGUUUGGCCCGGCAAUGAAACCGCAUUGGCCAUCAACGUGGCCAAGGGCCCGGUGGCUGCCGUCAUUUCACAGGCUGGAAUCAGUAACUACAAGAGCGGCGUGUUCCACAAUCCUCAUUGUGGCCAGAGUCCAGAUUUUGCUGUGCUUAUUGUGGGCUAUGGCACUUGCAAGAACUUCGGCGACUAUUGGAUAAUCAAGACCUCAUUGGGCUCUACUUGGGGGGAGAAGGGCUACAUGAGGUUGGCACGCAACAAGCAAAAUCUGUGCGGCAUUGCCAACAGGGCUUACUAUCCGGAGCUUUACUAGACAUUUGUCUUUGUUGUUUUUUUGUCGUUACCUUUUCAUAAUUUGUCACAGUAAAUAACUAUCAAAGAAAAAUAGUAGCGACAAA